UGUAGCCAGCAGGACUCAGAACAGAAGCUGCUGGCUAAUGUAGUUCUGAGGUACCUGUGAUUCGGUUGAGCUGCGAGGCAAAGGGCCAUGUUACCUCAGAGUAAUUCACAUCAUUUGUCGUAAUGGAUGCUACAGUAACAUCCAAGGAGAAGUGAAAUUCAGCAACAAUCAAGAUGGUGUCGUGGAUCAUUUCGAGGAUGGUGGUCCUGGCGUUUGGAACGCUCUAUCCAGCUUACUCCUCCUAUAAGGCAGUGAAGACAAAGAAUGUCAAGGAAUAUGUGAAGUGGAUGAUGUACUGGAUAGUAUUUGCACUCUUUACGACAGCAGAGACGAUCACAGAUCUGCUUCUCUCUUGGUUUCCAUUUUAUUUUGAGCUGAAGAUCGCCUUCGUGAUCUGGCUGCUCUCACCGUACACAAAGGGCUCCAGCGUGCUGUACCGCAAAUUUGUGCACCCCACGCUCUCCAGGAAAGAGAAGGAGAUUGACGAGUACAUUGCUCAGGCGAAGGACCGUAGCUAUGAGACGAUGAUGCGGUUCGGGAAGAGGGGGCUGAAUAUUGCAGCUACAGCAGCGGUCACUGCAGCCGCUAAGGGUCAGGGUGUCCUCUCGGAGAAGCUACGUAGUUUCAGCAUGCAGGAUCUGACGCUUAUUCAGAAUGAAGAGGAGCUACAGCUGCGUGCUGGCCUACUCGACCCGGCUGACGACACGCACACCGCCGCUACUUUGCCUCGCACCAAGACGCCUGCACGCACAGUGCGUGCCACACCCAUAAUUGCAGACACCGAAUCACAGCUCAGUUCCCGGUCUGACGGCGACCAAUCGGAUAGCAGGACUGAACACUCGGAUGAGGAUGCCACUGCUGACAAAGUGGCCAAGCGAACAGCUAGUGUCAGAGCAGCCAAGAAACCAGCAGCCACGAAGACGGAGACAUCUAAAAUGGUGAAAAAACAGCCAAAGAAGAAGAGUACUACUAUGACCAGCAAUAAUGCUGAGACACCAUGAGAAGCACUGCUGAGAUAAAGCUGGACACACACACACACACACACACAAACACACACACAAGCACCACACACUGAAUACUUCUUGUACACUUGAGUAAAUCCACUACUACAUGGGUAGAUUCUCUCCUAAAAACACACACAUAGCUGCGUGUACCAACUUUAUCACUCCCUUGGUCUAGGCUUGUUUUGCUUUCUGACUUAUUUUAGAUACCGUUUUAUGUGUGUGUGUAAGACUUUAUGAAUUCUCAGUUUCUGUAUUAUUCAGAAGCUUUUCAUCAUCUGAGUUUAUAUCAUACUUUAGAGAAUAGGUUUGCGUGUACAUGCGUGCGUGCACCUGUGUGUGUGUGUGUGCAUGCAUGCAGUGGCCUCACUACCCACCAUAUCCUCUGUAGGUUGUAAUGGAGAUCUUACUAAUGCUUUAGACCAGUAAGCUUCAUCUGCACUCACAGAAGUAGCAGUACACUCUCCAAGUCCUGCUCCCAGCUCCCCUCUGCUUUAGGACACUGUGUCUCCUUGUCUUGCACCCCAGAGCUCUAAUUUUUGGCAUGCAGCAUGCCCACCCUGGCACCAGGGGGCAGCAGUGACACCACACUGUAACAGGAAGCAAAGAAAGGCAGCCCAGCUUCAGAGACCCUCUCUCUCACAUGCCUAAUGACCAUGUUGAAAAGCUGUGGGGGAAGUCAGGGCCACGAGUACGGUUCUGUACCCACCCCACCCCACCCCCGUCAUGGUUCGUCAGCGCUCCAGGAGAUGUAUGCCAAGGGAGAGGCCAGAGUCACAUCCACUCCAAAAGCUCUCACCGUUAAUGAGCGCUCUGUCUGGGCCGACACCGAGGACGCCCAGCCCCCGCUCGCAGGGCCAUUUUCCCUCUGUGCAGCACAGCCACAAACACGACAGACAGCCUGUUGUUAAACACUUGGGUAAUCAUCAUGGGGUUUAUAGCACCAUUUUGAAGGAUUAUGAAGGCUUAUAUACACCUGCAUAGAUUGCAAAAAAGUUAAGCCUGUGUAACAUACUGGGCCAAGAGAAAAGUGAUCCGCAUACCAUUACCAGAAAAUGGCCUCUUAUUCGGACAGUGCCUGGGAAAGGCUGACUUGUCUCUGGGUGUUUGCAUCACACUGUGCUGCAGAAAGGUUGCUGUGCAGACUCCUCCAUGGUGGCGUCCACCAGAACAUUAACUCAGAGGUGUGAGUGGGUGCUGCAGGCUCCAUCCUGAGCUUGGCUAACCCUAACCAGCUCCUCGUCCCUAACCAGCUCCUCAUGGUGCCGCUUUAAAAUGACUGACAGUGUUCAUGCAGUGGAGAAAAACAUUUCCUUAGUCAUAUUAAAUUACACCAAAAUCCCACUGGUUUCACAGUCUUUGCGUUGUGUUGUGCUUGAAAAGAACAUGUCUAUCUGUUUCAGUGUUCUUAUGCAGUAUGGCCCCUGUGAGACUCAUUUGUCAAUGCUUUAAAUCUCGCCCAAGGUGGGAUUGUGUCCGCUCUGAUUAAGAAAUUGUCUCUUAAUACAGAUGCAAGAUUAGCCUGUUCCUCUUAGCAGAGUGCACCGAGCAUUAGAGAGCAGAGCCAACAGCACUGAUCUUGGAGCAGCUGGGCUGCAUUAUCAAGCGUAAUGACUACUGGUAAUAAACAGAGGGAGCCAUACUCCUAUGAAAAUGAAGCAGAGCUCUACAGUAUGGGGCUGUGUCUAUCAGACCUCUCAGGUAAGCCCUGCACUCAGAUCAGUUUUUCAUGCUUAUUCUAACAUAUAUGUGAUUAAGGGCAGAGAGAGUGCAUCCCUGGACAGUGAGUUAUUCUGAAAUGCUUGAGAUCAACAUGUAGGAUCUCUACUGGUCUCUCAAUGUGAAUCCACUGGGAAAAAUGUAUAUAAUUAUUAUACUUCUGACUGUACAGGAUAAGCUUGCUUGCCUUACUCUCUGGGUUUUUUGUUUGUUUUUGACAAAUCUGAUCACUUGCCACUUUUAUAAUAGAGGUAUAAAAAGUCUUGUAAAAAGCUACUUAUUGGUUGACAGAAUGUUUUUAGUUUUUAUAUAUUGGUUCUAUUUUUGUGUUUAUUUCUAUAUUCUAAUAUACUUGGUCUUAAAGACAACAUUAAUCAAUGGUCAGAACUGGUUGUAUGCAAACAUUCAGCAAUGGUGAAAUUAAUUCCACACUCUAGUUUGCCGGUCCCUUGUGCUAUGCACACAUGUCCAGUGUGAUCCCUGUCACACUGCUGCUCGAACCCAGAGCAGUGAUUCCCAGCUCCAGGCGCAGCAGUUUGUCCCCCUGCCCGCUCUAGCGGCCCAGAGACAUCUCUGGAGCUGAUCCUUAAGCCCUUUGUCUGGGUCAGGGUGGAGUCAGGGUGGAGCCUCUGAGAAGACAUGGAUGUGUGUGGCUGGGCCUCUGAGCCUGGAGUGAAGAAGCUCUGAGCCAGGCUCAGGCUUUAGCCCGAACAGCAAAGAGCUGGAGUUUACCACACCUGCCACACAUUUACACAGACCAGUUAACACAGAUACACAUUUGGUAUUUUAUAAUGCCAGAUCCUGUUGUUGAAAGAACAGGUUUUUUUUUUUUAAGUAAAUAUUGCAGAACAUAGUUUUUAAAAAAAUCAUUUAGGUUUUUAAAUCUCCAAAUUAAAGAACUAUUUAAUUUUCCACUUGUUUUUCUUUACACUGCUUGCUUAUGUCAAACCUUGACUUGAAUUUUUAAAUUUUUGAGUUUGACCAAGGAUUGCGUGAUGGUAAACACAAUCCUAUUGACACAUCUGGUGUUGUAAUACUUACUUCUUUUGCAAUUGGAAUUUUCAUUUCAUAUUUCUCUUUAUUCUUUCUGUUCAGAAUAUUUCUUGCUGUGUGAUUGAGAUCAGUAUUAUCAUGUAUAGGACUUUAAAGUGUGAGAGAAUAUUCAGCACUAAUGUAUUGUUUGUGCCAGUUGUCUGUACUCCACUGUAAUAAAGAAUGAUAAUGAUAUGUUUAAGGACUGCUGCUAAACAUUAACUGACAUACCAACACUGCAAAAUAAAACCAUACCACAGCUCCCA